CAACUAACUCGUAUCCAAAUUAGCGUGUAUUAUCAUCCGUUCUCAUAGACCAGUUUUGUAAACAUCGUGGGUGUGUCAUCUGUCAAUGACUGUUUGGACUUGAUAGCGACCUAACUACUCGACAUUCUGCAUUCAUAUAGCGAGGAUUUCUCCCUUUACAGUCAGUAGCAGCACAACACUUGUUACUUACGUCUUACCUCCUACAUUAUUAUAUUUUCUAUCGUGUCAUUUAAUUCCAAUCCUUUGGACUUCUUUUUAGAAUUUCGCAUCUAAUAUAACAAAAAUCUGUCAACAUGCCCAAGUGUCCAAACUGCAACAAGGAAGUCUAUUUUGCCGAGAAAGUUUCUUCAAUGGGAAAAGACUGGCACAGACCUUGCUUGAAAUGUGCGAAAUGUCAAAAAAUACUCACUAUUGGAAGCCAUUCUGAGCACGAAGGCAAGCCUUACUGCAAUCAUCCAUGCUACUCAUCUAAAUUUGGAGCAAAAGGAUUUGGUCGUGGUGGUACCGAGAGCUAUAAAUAUUGAGAGAAUAUAAAUAUUCUGUUAUGAAUUCACACCAAUAGUUUCUAUGAUACUAAGGAUUAUUAAAUAAUUUUUGGAUAUGGAUAUAA